CGCGGCUCUCUCCCUCUCCCUUCUCUCUCUCUGCGCCACUCUUCUCUUCUUGGAAACCAGGUCCGCUCCGUGUGUGUGUUUUUUUUUCUGCUUUCUCACUGUUACCCGGUGUCAACCUACGCCGAGGAGACGAACACAUCCCUCCCUCUUUCCCACUCGACAGCAGCUUCCAAUUCGCCUCGGCGGUCCUCCUCGCCUCAUCUAUUGGCCUCGGACGCCGCCAGUCACGAGCGCUUCCCCCUUUUUUUUUUUCCUUUUCCCGGAGAGUUGAGUAGCAACAGCUCGGAAACAUCUGGCCACCGCCGCCGCCGCCGCCGCCGCUCCUGUCCCCGCGCUCCUCUCUCUCUUCUCUCCGCACUGCUCCACUCCGCUCUACUCCGCUCCGUGUUUCCUGCAGCGCGGCGGAUAUGGAAAGCUGCUGAAAGUCAAAUUCACUUCUUCUUCUGGGGUGUUUUUUCCUCCACCGCCGUGUAUUUGGUCAGAGGAAGUGGGAAGUCGUUGGAGCUCGCUGGUCUGAAGAAAACCAGUGAGUGGGGAGCGAGUAGCCUGAGCGCGAGCGCCUGCUCAAUCCGGGCCUGCUGUGGGAAAUGUAACAGUGCAGGUUAUGAAGACAGCAUGGAGUUUCCGGACCACAGCAGACAUUUACUGCAGUGUCUGAGUGAGCAGAGGCAUCAGGGCUUCCUGUGCGACUCCACCGUGCUGGUGGGCGAUGUCCAGUUCCGCGCCCACCGUGCCGUCCUGGCCUCGUGCAGCAUGUACUUCCAUCUCUUCUACAAGGACCAGCUGGACAAGCGGGACGUGGUGCAUCUGAACAGUGACAUUGUAACGGCGCCAGCGUUCGCACUGCUCCUCGAGUUUAUGUAUGAGGGCAAGCUGCAGUUCAAGUCCCUGCCCGUGGAGGACGUACUGGCUGCUGCCAGCUAUCUGCAUAUGUAUGACAUCGUCAAGGUGUGCAAAAAGAAGCUAAAACACAAGGCCACGGCCGAGGCAGACAGCACCAGGCGUGAGGAGGACGCCUCUAGCUGUUCGGACCGAGCCGAGAGCAUCUCCGAGGGCGGAAGUGGCAACCUGCUUGCUAGCGACGACGAUGAGGAUGAGAGCAAAAGGGACAGCCAGUGCCCGCCGGAGCCGGCCCGGAUGUGGGCACGGCUGGCGUCAGAGCGCACGGCCAGCCCCGGUGAGGCUGAGGCACAUGGCAAGUCUCCUGCCGCCGCCGCUGCGAGUCCCAGCAGCUCUACAGGUUCGCUCUGUCCAACCGGUGACUGCGCACUCGAUCUGUCGGUAAAAUCAAGCAUAAGCGCCACUCCAGGUGAAGCCAGGAACCCAUAUUUGUGCGGCUCGGCCACUCCGGACAGUCUACACAGCGCUCUGGUGCAAGUGAAGGUGGAGAAAGACACAGGCUCCGAUGAUGAUGAGCUGCCCAACACUGAGUACGAGAUGGAACAUAGCGGCUUGAAGGAAGAAUCGGCGAAUGCUAACGGCAUUCACGUUGGGCACAAUGGACACAGCGUCCAGCGGCUAGGGCUCGGCCUGGAGGCCCACCUGACAGCACUACGAGAGGCCACUCUGGAGCGUGACAGCAAGGACGAGGUAGACGGCGAGGUGCUAGGCGGUGAGAACGAGCGGGCGCAAGAGAGCCCGCUGCUGCCCUAUGUGUCGGGCAUGUUGAGUGCAGCGCACGCGCAGAUCUUUAUGUGCCCCCUGUGCAACAAGGUGUUCCCGAGUCCGCACGUGCUGCAGAUCCACUUGAGCACGCACUUCCGCGAGCAGGAAGGUGCACGCACGAAACCGACCACCGGCGACGUCAACGUGCCCACAUGCUCCAUCUGUGGCAAGACGUUCUCUUGCAUGUACACGCUGAAACGGCACGAGCGGACACACUCGGGCGAGAAGCCCUACACGUGCACCACGUGCGGCAAGAGCUUCCAAUACUCGCACAACCUGAGCCGACACGCCGUGGUGCACACGCGCGAGAAGCCGCAUGCCUGCAAGUGGUGCGAGCGGCGCUUCACGCAGUCCGGAGACCUGUACCGUCACAUCCGCAAGUUCCACUGCGAACUCGUCAACUCGCUCUCAGUGAAGAGCGAGGCGCUCAGCCUUCCCACUCUCCGAGACUGGCCACUUGAGGAUAGCUCGCAAGAACUGUGGAAAUGAAAGCAAAAAAAAAAUACAAAAAUAAACUGCUUUAUUAGUUAAGACAGAGCAAACAAGAGAGGCAGAGAGGUAAGAAGUAGGGAGGCAGGGAGAUGGUUGAGAGGUCUGCAUCAGUCAUGUUUCUUAUAUAUACACAUUGCUUAUCUCGUUAAAUUGCACUUUACUAGCACAUGAAAAUGUUACUACUGAUUUUUAUUUUCUGGUCAAUUUAUUUGUGGCGUUUUUUUAUUUUAUUUUUUUAUUUUUUAUUUUUUUUAAUAUUUGUUUUUCCUUCAAGUCAACAAAGGUUGAUAGCUACAGCUGUCAAUGUGCAAAAUCUAGAUUCGGCAGUGUAUGAAGGUACACUUGUACACUCCUUGAUUUUAUUUAACAUCCAUGCCAUGAGAACGCAUAUGAAGAUUUCAGGUAAUACACUGAGGAAGUUCAAAACUGAUCAACAUUACACUAAACGGGUACUACGAUCCUCUAUUGACCUGUACACAUAAAGCUCAUAAAUGAGCAUGUGUAUAUAUCGUGCACUACUACUACUACUAUUACUACUACUAUACGUUUAUUUUGCAAAAAUCUCAUACUGGUGUGUGUGAGAGUAGCUGCGCGUGUGUUCGUGUGUGUGUGUGUGUGUGUGUGUGUGUGUGUGUGUGUGUGUGUGUGUGUGUGUGUGUGUGUGUGUGUGUCCAUGCACGCAAACGCAGUAUGUUAACAAGCAAGUCCUCAAAAUCCUGCGAGGAUGUUCGCUCGAAAAAAAGCUCCAAGCUUGUGUUAUUUAGGCUCUUGUAUGUUUCUUUUGUUUUGUUUGUUUGUUGUUUUUUUUUGUUUUUUUGUGAUAGGAAACUUGACUGAUAGAAGACAAAAGGCACUCAUGCAAUGUACAGCCUCUUUUUUUUUUCCAUAUCAACUGAGACGUUUUUUUAUAUCAUUUAACGAUCAGGCUGAGUUAAUGUCUUUCUUUUAGACCCUCAACACUUGUUUUUCUGCUGAGAAUGGGUUUUCAUUUGCUGCAUUUAUCGAGAUUUCUGUAGUGUUUUAAGAAAUAUUUGGUUUGUUUUCGAAAAAGAAAAAGAAAAAAAACACAAACAAAAAAAAAAUGGGAUCUGUUGUUGCAUGAUGUCCAACCUGUAUAUUUAAGAAGAUGUGAAUUGCUGUAUUGCUGUACACUGUAAUAGACCAAGUCAUUACAGUCAGGGCACCCGUCUGUUUAAAUAAAAAAAAAUAUAAAUAUAUAUUAUAUAUUUACCUUAAUAUUACAGCUGUAGAAAUUGCAUGAAUUUUUAUUUAACUCUUAUUUUUGUUGUUGUUUUGCAUUGGAAAGUGUAUUUUUUAAUUAACUCAUUUGCUUCCUUUCUUGAUUUUUUUUCCUUUUUUCUUUAAUGAUAUAAAACCCUUACAAGAGAGUGGCUCCUGUUACGAUGUUCUACUGGGCUGUGAAGAUUGUGUUAAUGCACUGAUGUUAGGCUGGAGUACGUCUCUGGCCAAACCGAUCUCGAGUGUGUAGCAUGGAGCUGGGUGUCAGCAGAGGCUUCAUCUCUCUGAACAUCUUUUCCAAAGCUAGUGCCGCUCCUGCUUAGCACCUCCUCACACACUGCUGUUCUCCACUGCUGGUCUCCAACUGCUGUCUCCGUGUCAUGUUUACUCGCAUUUUAAAAAGUGUCGCCUUUUUUUUUUCUUUCCUUUUUCUUUUUUUUCUGGUUUGGUUUGUUUGUUUGUUUGUAAUUUAUUUAUUUAUCUGUUCGAUUGGCACUUGCAUCAAAUUCUGUGGCCAUGAAGAUCUAGUUGCCAUGAAAACCCAUAUGACAGUGUGUCAGUUCCUGUAAAGAUGGGCUCAGCAGAUCUACUGUGUAUGGCGAACACUGAAGAAUCAGCAAAUAGCAUAAAGCUCCGAGCUCUAAGAGAGAGAGAGAGAGAGUGUGUGUGGGUGGGUGGGUGUGUGUUUGUAUAGUUCCUAUUUAACAGGAGAAAAUGUUUGCCAUGCUUGGUUGCACCUUGAAAACAAAAAAAAAAUUAGAUGCUGAAAAGAUGCCUUUAAGAUUUUUAACUCUUGAUCAAAUUGACAUUAUUACAUAACUACCAGAGCUAUAAAUGCUAGAUUAUUGAAGAAUAAAAUAGUUACACUGCUGUAGAUUGAUUUUUAUUUUUUCUUCUUCUUUUUCAACAUUGUGUAUGUGAUUUUAUUUUCUGUUUUUUUUUUUUUUUGGGAGAAUAUAUUUCUUUAUUCUUUUGUUUUUGUAUAAAUUAACAUCAGCUGUCAUUUUCUUACUGAAUGUGGAAACAUUGAACAAAAAGCUGAAGAUAUUUGUUAGUUAAAAAAAAAAAAAAAAAAAAAAGAAAAGGCAAAAAAAAAAAAAGUGAGAGAGAGAGAUGAAAAGCUAAAUUUGGAAAAGCGCUGUUGGAGCCCGAGACACUAACACUUGAGCAGGAGUGAAGUUUAAGCAAGAGGAGAAAAGAGGCGAGAGUGGAGAAGCUCGUGUGCCUCGACGGCCUCAAGGGCCCUGAGCUUCCCAGUAUACAAUAGGGUGGUGCAACAGCUAGUGAAAAGGGUUGAGAUUUGCCAACAGCGCACGCUCCUCGUGCUGUUUUUGCACGAUGGUACUUUUACCUUUUGCACUCUAAAAUGUGAAAGAAAAAAAGAAAUUAUCAACUGUCGGCUGGGGGGGGUGUUUUUUUUUUUUCUCUGAGACAGGUUUUUUUCCCUGCUUUCGUUUUAUGCUGGCUUCUACUAUCGUACUUGACCGCCUUAAACUACUGUUAACAGCCUACUGAUGCUCAGAGCGGGAGAACUGGAACUGGCAAAGUUACUGGAUGUAUUUUUAUUUCACUUCUGUUCACUGGCAGUGAAGCUGUGAAACGAAGUAUGAAGCAUGUCCACAAAACAGACGAACCUUUAGUUUACUUGAAAACUGGAAACAGCCAGUGUGAAGAAGAACAAAGAAAAAUUUCAACCGUGUGUAGGAGGUGGGAGAGAAUAAAAAUAGUUAUGUCAAACAAACAAAAAAAAACAAACAAAAAAAAGAAAAAAAAAGGACAAUCGCAUUCUGAAAAAGAGGCAGAUUGACUUCACAUGUAUUUGCUUCCCUUUUGAGACUUUGGUAUGUUCACAUUGUUCUUUUUAUGGAGUUAGACAGUUAGCUUUGACAAUCAUAGUAUGUUUCAUUUUCUCAAGGGAAGUAAAUUAUGAGGCUGUUUAGUUUUGUACUUUUUGGUGUGCUGUUGGUGAAAUUUUUAAAUUGUGUGCAAACUGCAAUAAAUUAUAAGUACCUUCA